GACAGAGAGAGACAGAGAUCCAGCAAAGUUCUCUGCAUCACCCCAAAGCCAUUACCUUUUACAGUUCUCUCUCUCUCUCUCUCUCUCUCUCUCUCGGACAUUGUCAUUCGACGGCGAGAGAGUGGAACGAGAAUGGGUUCGAUCGUGUAGGGUUUUAGCUCGAUUACCCUCUUCUUCUUCUUCUUCUUCUUCUUCAGUUGGGGGAGGAGUCGUGACUGGCUGAGCAUUUGCAAGAAUCGCUCGCUGACGGCGGCGGGGGAUGGGGCUGAAGGAUUCGUGCCAGGAGGUGGUGAGCUCGAGGCCGCUGUUCUUGACGAUUUACACCACGGUGAUCGUGGGCAUCGUCCUCUCGUCCCUCUACGUCUUCUCUGCCGUUUACUCCGCCGACAAGUCUUCUCCGGACUCCACUUCCUGGCUCUCCUCUCCUCCCUCUCUCUCAUAUGUAGAUUCGCCCUUAGGUCAAGCAUUCAACUCUUCCCUAGCUACAACAGAUGGUGCAGCAGCACCAGCACCUCCAAGUCAGCAUGGAGAUGCACCGGCGAAUUCUAUAUGGGUCCCACCUAAGAAUUCAAAAAUGCCUUCUUUGCAGACCUUUCGGUUGACAAAGGAAUUGGUAGAGCAAAGGGUGAAGGAUAAUGUAAUCAUAGUAACUUUUGGCAAUUACGCGUUCAUGGAUUUCAUCCUCUCUUGGGUUAAGCACUUGACUGAUUUGAAUCUCUCCAAUCUCCUAGUUGGUGCAAUGGACACAAAACUGCUGGAGGCUUUGUAUUGGAAAGGCAUUCCAGUUUUUGACAUGGGAAGUCAUAUGAGCACGGUAGAUGUUGGCUGGGGUACCCCUACAUUUCAUAAAAUGGGGAGAGAAAAAGUCAUUCUCAUAGAUGCUAUCCUACCCUUUGGGUAUGAGUUAUUGAUGUGUGAUACUGAUAUGGUUUGGUUAAAGAAUCCCCUUCCAUAUCUUGCUCGAUAUCCUGAAGCAGAUGUUUUGACUUCAAGUGAUCAAGUUGUACCAACAGUUGUUGAUGACAGGCUGGAUAUUUGGCAACAAGUUGGUGCUGCAUACAAUAUUGGAAUUUUCCACUGGAGGCCAACAGAAUCUGCCAAAAGAUUGGCUAAAGAAUGGAAAGACAUGCUUCUAGCUGAUGAAAAGAUAUGGGAUCAAAAUGGCUUCAACGAUAUUGUUCGCAGGCAGUUAGGACCAGCUGUUGAUGGGGAUGAUGGGCUUGUAUAUGCUUUUGAUGGAAGUCUGAAGCUGGGAGUAUUGCCUGCAAGCAUUUUUUGCAGUGGCCAUACAUAUUUUGUCCAGGCAAUGUAUCAACAGCUCAGGUUAGAGCCAUAUGCAGUGCAUACCACAUUCCAGUAUGCAGGCACUGAAGGGAAACGUCACCGCUUGCGAGAGGCAAUGGUAUUUUAUGAUCCACCGGAGUAUUAUGACACACCAGGAGGUUUCUUAUCAUUUAAGCCGUCUAUUCCAAAGAGUUUAUUACUGGAUGGAGACCAUACCAUUGACACACAUUUUACUCUGAUCAAUUAUCAGAUAAAACAAAUAAGGACGGCACUUGCAAUCUCUUUGGUGUUAAACCGUACACUGAUUAUGCCUCCACUAUGGUGUAGAUUGGAUAGGCUGUGGUUUCCCCACCCAGGGGUUCUGGAAGGAUCUAUGACUAGGCAACCCUUUAUAUGCCCUUUGGACCACGUAUUUGAGGUCAAUGUCAUGUUAAAGGAAAUGCCAGAGGAUGAAUUUGGCCCUGGGAUCAACAUUAGGGAGUAUUCUCUCCUUGACAAUACAUUGAUGCCCAAAGAGGUAAAAGAAUCAUGGCUUGAUGUUAAGUUUUGUCAAGGAGGAACAAAAGAUUGUGAAGUAACCAAUAGCACCGGCUCUCCAAGAGUGAUCAGAUUACCAAAGCGCAGCAACGAAGAAACGCUGAAGAUGGUGUUCUCCUCCUUCAAGGACAUCAAAGUCAUUCAGUUCUCUUCUAUGCAAGAUGCUUUUGAAGGUUUUACUGACCAGAAAAUGGAAGAACAAUUUAGGAAUCGUGUCAAGCGGUAUGUGGGUAUUUGGUGCUGCACGGCGGAUCAUGUGCCGGGUCAUAUAUAUUAUGAUAUGUACUGGGAUGAGAAAUCUGGUUGGAAGCCUGUGCCGCCUCAAACUUCAGCUGACGAUCACCCAAAUUGGUGAGGCCUAACCACGCGACUUGAGUCGUGGUUGAUGCCCACAAAAUUAUGACUUUCAGGUUGACUUGGUUCGUCGUCAAACUUGCAGAAUGCCAACGUACACAAAAUCCCAGAAGGUACUUCCAUCUAGAAGUCAUUUUUGGCAUACAGAAACAAGUUAAGGAUUUUCCUCAUUGUACAAGAUUAGAAGUAGGAAUUUUGACACACAAUGAGCCUAAUGACUUGUCCUGAAAAAAAGAAUAAUGGGGAAUACAGGAGAAUUGUAACUGCAAAGCCUUUUACUAGGGUUCAACUUUUUUCUUUUUGUAAUUUUUUACAAUAGCAGAUACCUAGCAUAAUGUUUGGUUCAAUUACAAAACGGCAUCUGCUAAUAAAGCGUAUGUAUUCAUUCUCACUUUCAA